UUAUAAAAUUGAAUUUAUACGUAAACGUCUAACGUAGUACACUGAUUAUUCACAUGCUGUUUCCGGCUAAGACCUUCUUUUUAGCAAGAUGGCUCCUAAAGCGAAGUCCACGGAAAAGUCAGCCGGCAAACCGGCUGAGAAAAAAGCAGAAAAGAAAACUGAGAAGAAACCAGCUACUGUAGCUUCUACAUCAAAGGUUACAAAAUCAGCUGCAAAAACAUCCACCACUACAAAGAAAGCUGCAGCUGGAGCUGCUAAAACGGCAACUUCUGCGAAGCCUGCAACAAAACCAUCAGCAAAACCUGCAGCAAAACCUGCAGCAAAACCUGCAGCAAAACCAGCAGCAAAACCAGCAUCUAAAGUUAAUGCAAAACCAGUAGUUGCAAAAUCUAAGAAAAAUGUUCAACCUCCGAAGAAAACAUCUAAGGGUGGAAAAACAACUGCCCCACUUCAAAAAGCACUUAAAACUCAAAAAAAGGUAUUGAAAGGUGUUCAUGGAUCAAGAGUAAGGAAAAUAAGGACAUCUGUCCACUUCUACCGGCCAAAAACAUUUAGGCCACCAAGGGACCCGAAAUAUGCGAGAAAAUCUGUUCCUAAUAGAAAUCGUAUGGACGCAUUUAAUAUCAUCAAAUUUCCAUUGACCACCGAAGCUGCAAUGAAAAAGAUUGAGGACAACAACACAUUGGUUUUUAUCGUGCAUACUCGUGCAAAUAAAUACCACAUCAAAUCUUCCAUUAAGAAACUCUACGACGUUGAUGUGGCCAAAGUGAACACGUUAAUUAGACCCGAUGGGAAAAAGAAAGCAUAUGUACGUCUAACACGUGAUUAUGAUGCGCUUGAUGUUGCUAAUAAAAUUGGUAUAAUAUAAAUGUACCUAUAUCGUGAGUAGGGAAGUGUAUCUUU